GAUCAAGCACUAGUGCCAUAUUCUAAUGGUCACGAGUCAUUUCCACAAAGAGCAGGAAGUGAUCCAGAUGUAACUUAUGGCGCUGCUGUCGCUCCCGGUGGCGGUACUGGCGGUGAGGCACCUUGUUCUGGAACGUAUCAGGGCAUGUUACCACCACAAUUUCGUGGUGCGCCUCUGCCAUUACCCCACAUGAUUCCGGGAAAUCCCAUGAUGCGACCUCUCAUGCUUGUGCCAUUUCCUCCACCACCACCACACAUGUUACCACCGGUUCACCACCGUUUAUUGCCAAUGAUACCAGCUCCACCAUCUAAUUUUGGUUUGUUACCACACUUACAUCCUGGUUAUUAUCCAUUUCCACCGGCCCCAACACAUUUUGGUUUUUCCCCACCGCGAUUUAUGUCACCUUAUGGACCUCUGCUAGCACCAAUGGGACGACCGAGAAGCCCACCUGAUGGGCCAAUUAUUACUGGUCCAGAGUCAGUUUAUGGUACUUUACCGAGAAGACCUGCUUAUGAAGAACCUAUUUACAUGCCUGGAAAUGUACCUCAUAUACCACCACAAGCAAGCUAUCAACCUGGAAAUUACUCUACUGAUCAUUACGAUGCGUAUUAUGACUCGUUCAAGAGGCAACGAAAUCCAUGCCAUAAUAAUAAGGUUAGUCUGAUUUUCAAGGGAAGUAAGACAAAUAUGAAGUGGCAUCUCGAUUCACUUCUGGAAUGUACAAAACUUUCUUUUUACGAUCUGCUUUUAUCAUAUCAAGCCUUAUUAUCUGGAUCAGCUGUUGCUGAGUCUCAAGCAAGUUCAAGAAAAGCUAUGCCUACUGCGGAGAACGAAGAAUCAUCUCAGUUUUGGGAUUCUUAUGAGGCUAGCGUAUAUCGAAAACCUCAUUUGAAUGAAAAGGUCCAAAUUUUAAGUCAUUCAUGA